GCAGAGUGUCAAUCAAUUUUAACGCUGCUGCUGUUAAAAAUCAGUGCUGCACAGCCAUCGAAUAAACAGACGAAAAAUAACUUUAUAAUAAAAACACCAAAGCAAAAAGGCAACAAAAAGGCAUACAAACUGUGAUCUCAGAAUGUAUCAGGAGUAUCUAAAUCAAUUGCAAUCAUCGCUCUUUCCGAUGAACUCGGAUCAGCUGAAGGAGCUGCUCAACGACGACGACAAACUGGACAACAAAGUCGACGAGGUGCUCGAAUCGCUGAAGACCCAAAAAGUUCGCUUCUUCGAGGAGAAUCGCAGCCGGGCCGAGAAGAACAUUGAGAAGGAGCCGCAGGUGAUCGAAUUGCGCGCCAAGCUAGCCGAGCUGACCGAGGAGGGACGCACCAGUUGUGCCGCCGUCCAGGAUCUGCUCGCCCAGAUCAAGGAGAAAUCCGGCGGCAUUAGCCAGGAGACGGCAUUGGCGCUGCUCCAAACGGCUGCCUCGGAGAGCGAGGAGCAGACGGAGGAGUGUGUGAAACGCUUCAAUGACAACGAACUGAACGUGGAAGCAUUUCUCGACGAGUUCCUGGCCAGCCGCCGCACAAUGCAUCUGCGCAAACUGAAGGCGGAGAAGAUGCAGGAACUGAUACGCAAACAAAAUGCUCCACAGCGUCCAGGCACUGCAGGAGGUGGCGUGGCCUAUGGCAAUAUACCCAACUUCUAUCCAGGCGCAUCGAGUGGCGGAGGCGUUCCAUAUCCGAUGAUGGGUCCGCUGAUGCCAAUGCCGCCACCAUCGCGACCCUAUUAAGCCCUCUGCAUCAUAGUCUUAAGUAUUUUAAUAUUAAAUUUGAACAUGCUGCCAUUGCAACAAAAAAAAAUAGAAGACUCUUUAAGCAUGACUCAUCAAAUGCUUUGUUUAUAUUCAAUUAUGAUGCGCAUUUGAUUGGCAACAACGUUUUAAUCAACAAAGAAUCUGGCAAUAAAGCAACGCUUCUCGGGUUUAGAA